AGGCAUAUUUAUUUUGCUUUCAUACAGAAAAUCAAUUGUCGGUCCAAACUCCAAAGCCUAUACCUUCCAUAAAUUAAAGAGGAGACGCAGACAGUGAGUCACCACAGUCGGCUUUAUCACGGCCAUGGUCUAUGGGCCCGCCAACCCCUGAAAUUACUCAGCAUGCUGCGUAGUAUUUUAAAUUUUAGAAUAAGGAAUAAGAUAAAGAAUUUCUAAAAGAAGAAAAAUGAUAAAUAUAAAGCCUAUUCCCACGGCACCAACAUUACUUACUGUGGGGCGCACCCAACCGGCCUCUCAUCUCUUAGCCUUCUCCGAAAGCAAACCCCAUCCCAUCAUCAUCAACAGCAACCGCUGGGCUGUUAUCGCGGAUCGCACCCAUAGAUUUCAAGCCUACCUUUCAGUUUUCACUCCUCUCCUCUCUAAUCCUCUCAUCUCAUCUCUACCUUCCACGGUCAGACGUCAGUAAUCGCUUCUCCGCCCUCCCUUCCGCCGGAUCUACGGAAGCCGAAAUGCUACCGGCCGCCCAUGCCUGCCCUCCGCCGCCGACGGAUUACUUCGAUCGAAUCCCUGAUUCGCUGAUCAUCCUCAUCUUCAACUCUAUCUCCGACAUCAAAACCCUGAUUCGUUGCCGCGCCGUGUCCAAGCGCUUCAACUCGCUGGUCCCGCAGGCGGAGACGCUUUCCCUGAGAGUCGACUGCGUGAUCUCUGCCGAGUCGGACGACGACUCCUUUCUCGUCAUCUUCCUCCGAUCGAUCAUGAAGUCCCUGCACGAUUUCAUCUGCCACAAGCCCGAUCCGAUCCGGCCUCGGUCCCCGAACUCGCCCGCGCAGAUCCUCCGCAAUUUCCAUAAGAUCCGGGAGCUGGAGAUCGAGUUACCAGCCGGCGACCUGAAGCUGGAGAAAGGCGCGGUUGUGAAGUGGAAGGCAGAGUUUGGGAGGAGCCUGAGGAGCUGCGUGAUUCUGGGGUUCCACGACGUGGGAACCUCGGCGGACGACGAGGACGGCGAGGGGGACUUGGCCGCCGGUGAUGGUGGCGGAGGACUGAAGAUCCGAGUGGUGUGGACGAUAAGCGCGUUAAUUGCGGCGUCGGCGAGACAUUACCUCUUGAAGGAGGUGGUGAGGGAGCACAGGGAGAUGGAGAGGUUGGUACUAAGGGACAGGGAGACGGAGGGGACGCUGGUGAUGGAGAAGGCGGGGCUGAGGGAAUGGAGGGAGGCGGAGGCGGAAGCGGAGGCAGAGGUGGAGGAGGAAGAGGAAGAGGCGGGACUGCCGGGGGAGACGGCUGCGUGGAGGAACAAUCGGACGACGGUGCCGGCGGUGCGGAUGAGGAUGAGGCAUGAGCCGUGGCUGGCGCUGUCGGACGGGGUGAGGAUGGAGGGGGCGACGCUUGUGGUGGUAAGACCGAUCAGAAAUGGGGGAGCGGGAGGGAAAGAGGCGGAGGCGGAGGAUGGCGAAGUGGCUUUGGGGGCGUUUGAAGGAGUGUUCGGGGAGGCGGUGCAGGCUCUGCUCAAGAGCCGGAGUUACCUCUUGGAAAUGAACUCCUUCUAGUUUGCUCCAUAUUUCUGGGUUUCACUCUGCAUUUGGCAGUUCGCAAUGGAGCUACAGCCUACACACAACUGAACUGGUUAGGGGAGGUUUUAAGCUUUUCUGUUUCUCCUUUUUUUUUUUUUUUUUUUUUUUCUUGUGUUUUUUUUAGUUAAAUCGAUAACUAGAGUGAGAUUGUGUAUAUGUUUUUUGUUUUCCUUUGGUUGAUUAUUAUUAAUGCAUUUUGUGUAUAUUUUUGUUAA